ACUGAGUUUCCAUUAUUCAAAAGCAAAAACAAAAAGGUGUUGUGAUCAUUGAUCUUAGGUUUAAGCAUCAACCAAGUUUGGUAAAACUUUAUCAAAAUUGUGGGGCAGAAAGGAAAGAUCUGAUGGCAAGCUAUGGAGGGACAACCCAGAAGUGUAAGGCAUGUGAGAAAACAGUUUACUGGGUUGAUCAACUCACUGUUGACAGCAAAGUUUAUCAUAGAGCUUGUUUCAGGUGCCACCACUGCAAGGGUACCCUUAAGCUAAGCAAUUAUUGCUCCUUUGAGGGUGUCUUGUAUUGCAAGCCACAUUUCGACCAAUUGUUCAAGAGAACAGGCAGCUUGGAUAAAAGUUUUGAAGGGACCCCAAAAACUGUUAGGGUAGACCGAUCAGUAGACCAGGUUGCCAACAGCAGAGUUUCGAAGCUGUUUGCUGGAACUCAAGAAAAGUGUGUCGCUUGCAAGAAAACUGUUUACCCCAUUGAAAAGGUUGCAGUUGAUGGCACUUCGUACCACAAGGCUUGUUUCAGGUGCAGCCAUGGAGGGUGUGUGAUCAGCCCAUCGAAUUACGUAGCUCAUGAACAUCGUCCCUACUGUAGGCAUCACCACAGUCAACUGUUUAAACAGAAGGGAAACUUCAGCCAAUUCGACAAGCAUGAACAGGUCACCCUAGUGGUCACUGACGACAACAUCAUGGUCUAAAAUUCCAGUUUUUGAAUGCCCAGAAUAAUAAUAUCAGAGGAGCUGUUUCUUGGUUUAUUUCUCUCUAGCAUACGAGAAACAAAAAUAAUGUGAUUUACAAGCAGGGAGAAAUGUUCAGCACAAGUGUGUGUUUGUUGAUAAAAAUGUUUUUCUUUUUUGGUGUGUGUGAGCUUUGAUACAUUGAUCAUAGGAAAAACAGUAGUAUGUUGCUGUCCUGCA